UAACAGGCACCCAAUUAACCGUUCUCGCUGCCUAAGAACAUCAUCAAGAUUUAACAAAAUCUUUUGUCUACAGACACAACAUUCACUCUACAUCAAAUCGCAUCAAUCUAUUUCACCAUGCCGCCGCCUUCACAACUCGCCAUUGCUACAGGCUCCGUCAACCGCCUUCUCAAGGAGGAAGCUUCGUACCACAAAGAGCUCGAACAGGAGGAAGCCAGCAUUGAAGCCUUGAAGAAGAAGAUUGACAGCGGCGCCGGCGACAGUGAUGAGAACGCCCCGUACAUACUCAAGCAGCAGCAAACCGCCCUCGAGCAGACAAAGGGCGUUUUCGGACCCCUGCGAGAAAAGAUUGCCCUCGCUAUCGAGAAGCUAGAGGAGCAGCUCGCUGUAAGCGACCAGCUCAACGUGCCGGAGGAGCAGGUGCAGCAGGCCAAGGAGACGCUGGCCAAGGCCAAGGCCACUCAGACCGAUGCGUAAUACAGCAUACGAAAAGACGGGGGAAGGGAAGAAUUACUUUACGAUAUUAAUCAUAUGAGACUUGAUGCAAAAGAAUCGCUUCUGGGCCUUUAUGCACUUGAGAGUCCAUACCAAGUAUCUUGCAUAAGAGGUUUCGUCUCCCUGCAUCUACCAUUGUGUUGCAUGGGAUCGAAAGGAGAACAAAAUCAGAUGUACUUGAGGGUAUCUUGAAAAGUAUUAAUUACAGGAGGCGGACAAAAAAGGUUCCAUACUGGUAACCAAUGUCAAAGACUAAUUAUCCACUUCC